ACAAAGAUUGAGGUUUGCAAAAUUGCCUGGUUCCUAUUCUUUGCAGAAGAAUGUUUGAGAGUAUUUUUUCCUUUAAGCUUUUCCUCCUCCUCCUACUAUCAGGGAAAUCUCUGUACCUUCAAACCGUUACGUUGGCGUUGAGCUGUGUCGACAAUGAACGGGAAGCACUUCUCAAGUUCAAACGAGGCCUCACCGACCCCGGCGAUCUGCUCUCUUCCUGGACAGGACGAGACUGUUGCGCUUGGGAAGGAGUUCGCUGCAGCAAUAGAACAGGACGAAUACUCGGUCUCGACCUCCGAAACAGAAAUCCCAGUGACCCGGACUUGGGCUUCGGGGGACCCUCUCUCGGAGGCGAGAUCAGCCCUUCUCUGCUGGAGUUGAAAGACCUGAGGCGCUUGGACCUGAGCAUGAACGAUUUCAGCAGUACAAAGAUUCCGAACUUUCUCGGUUCAUUUCAAUAUAUGAAGUACCUGAAUCUCUCGGGAGCAUCUUUUGCGGGGAACAUUCCCCUAAACCUCGGGGAUCUUUCCCGUUUGAGGUACCUCGAUCUCAGGAAUUGUUUCCUGCAAUCGGAUGCGAAUGAUCUCUUCUGGCUCUCCGGUCUUCCUUUGCUCGAGUAUCUGGACUUGGGGGCUGUCGACCUCAGCAAGGCUGCAUCGGAUUGGCUUCAAACAAUCAAUUUGCUGCCUUCUCUUCGGGAGUUGCACUUAUCCAAUUGCAGGCUCUUGAAACUUCCUCAUUCCCUCCCCUUCAUCAACUUCACAUCGAUCUCAGUUCUCGACCUCUCCAACAAUGGCUUCAACUCUUCUCUGCCUCCCUGGCUCUUCAAUCUCACCAACCUCGUAUAUCUCGACCUCAACUCAAACAGCAUCAUGGGCGGCGUCCUGGAUAUGUUCUCGGGUUUAGCAUUUCUCCAAGAACUUGACCUGUCCGAGAACUCUCUCAUCGAAGGUGAGCUUCCGACUUCUGUGGGAAGUCUAUGCAAUAUGAACGUACUGAAGCUAUCGGUCAACAAUAUGGAAGGCGAGAUAACCGAUUUCCUGGACGGUUUAUCUCGAUGUAGCAAUGGUAGCAGCAUAGAGAAUCUUGAUUUGGGACUUAAUCAAUUCUCAGGGAGCCUGCCUGAGUCCAUCGCACACUUGAGCAAGUUAAGGUACCUUCAACUGCCGAAUAACUUGUUUGAAGGUCCGAUCCCAGAGUCUAUUGGGAACAUGUCGGCUUUGGAGGAAAUCAACUUCAGUGGCAAUAAGAUGAACCGAAUUCCGACUGGCUUCGGGCAACUCUCAGCUCUAACUGCUGCAGGUCUCUCGUACAAUGUGUGGGAAGGUGUGAUCUCGGAGGCCCACUUCGCCAACCUCUCGAGACUAAGGGAUUUAGAUUUAUACAAGGACUCCCCAAACAUUUCCUUGGCCUUCAAUAUCUCUCCUGGUUGGGCCCCUCCCUUCAAACUUCACCUCAUCAAUAUUAGGUCUUGCAACUUGGGACCUAAUUUCCCGAAUUGGCUCAAGAAGCAGGAUGAGCUUGUCACUGUGGUUCUCAACAAUGCUCAAAUCUCGGGUGAGAUACCGAAUUGGUUCUUGGAGCUCAACUUGCAACUAGAUAAGUUUGAUGUUGCGUAUAAUCAGUUAAGUGGAUCCCCUCCGACCUCUCUUGUGUUCACUUCCUCGGCAAAUGUGGCCUUGAGCUCAAACCUAUAUGAGGGUCCUUUGCCUCUCUGGUCUCCCAAUGUCACCCAAGUGUACCUUGAUAAUAAUCGAUUUUCAGGUCCUAUCCCACCUGAUAUUGGAGAUAAGAUGCCAUUGCUUACCGACUUGGACAUCUCGCAGAAUUCGUUAACUGGUAGAAUCCCCUUGUCCAUUGGGAAUCUGUCUACUUUGACAUCUUUGGUCAUCUCCAACAACUAUCUCACUGGAGAGAUACCGGGGUUCUGGAGCAACAUCCCAUUCUUAUACGAAUUUGUCAUGUCCAACAAUAGCCUCUCGGGCACGAUCCCGAGCUCAAUAGGCUCCCUGAACUCUCUCAAGUUCUUUGUGCUCAGCAACAACAAUCUCUCAGGCGAGCUUCCCCCCUCAUUAAUGAAUUGCUCGAUUUGGAGCCUCGACCUUGGGGAGAACAGAUUCUCUGGGAAAAUCCCCAGAUGGAUCUCAGAAGGCAUGCCGAAUCUAUUAAUCUUGCGGUUGCGAUCAAAUUUAUUCUCCGGGGAAAUACCUCCCGAAAUCUGUGGGUUAUCCGAGCUUCAUAUAUUGGAUCUCUCACACAAUGAUUUGAGAGGGCCGAUCCCCUCGUGCGUGGGCAACUUGACAGGUCUUAAGGUCGAGCUCACUGACAUAGACAACCAGAGGUAUGAGGGAAAACUCACAGUGGUCGCGAAAGGGAGGCAACUCCAAUACCAGCAAACCCUUUACCUCGUGAACAGUUUUGACUUAUCAGAUAACAGGUUGUCAGGCGAAAUCCCAAGUGGGCUCGCAGAUCUUGUGAAGCUGGGCACGCUGAACUUGUCGAUGAAUGGAUUGGUUGGGGAAAUUCCCUCCAGCAUCGGAAACUUAGACGUCUUGGAAACCUUGGACCUGUCCAGGAACAGGCUUUCGGGCCCAAUCCCACCAGGGAUGACUUCCUUGACAAAGUUGAACCACUUGGACCUGUCCUACAAUAACUUGUCGGGAAAAAUUCCGACUGCCAACCAAUUCCAAACCUUCAACGACCCAUCAAUGUACGAGGGCAACUCUGGCCUCUGCGGGGUCCCACUGACAAAGUUGUGCCCUGGCGAUGGCGCACCAUCUCAUCCUCCGGAUGCCAAUAGUGAUGAGAAUGAUGGCGACAAUGAUGAGGAUAGGCUAGACAGGUUGUGGCUAUUCCUAAGCACAGGGCUUGGAUUCAUCAUAGGAUUCUGGGGUGUCUGUGGUACUCUGAUCAUCAAGAAGUCAUGGAGGAUUGCUUAUUACAGGUUUGCUGACAGGAUUAUAGACAAGCUCAUCGUGUUUUGGUCUGUGAACACACGGCUCCGGGGAGGAGCUGAGGGGGGGUGAUUGAAAUUGACGGGCUGAUCAGAUGGUUAUAACGAAGGAGAAUAUGCAAACUAUUUCGUUUUGAUAGAACAGAAUACCAUUGUAAGCAACAAACCUCUGAUUAACCAGCGGUUCAUCAAUGUUUAAGCAUUGAAAAGAAAUCCAUUUUCUAUA